CAACGAUGACCCGCGUGACUAUUUAUCAACGCGGAGACUUCUAGUGGAUUCGUAGGGCUGAUAACACAACAAAUAACCUAUCGGAAUCACAUCAUUCCAGACUUUUCUUCCCAAAUACCGUCUCUGCUCCAUCCCAAAGGGUUCUAUCUCCACGAUCAAAGUUCAUUACAACACACAUCCAAAUAAUGAAUACGAAUAAGGUGCCAAUGCUCUGUAGAUUUGGGGGCAACUUCAUUUGGGAAUCAGAUAAGGUUUAUUACAAGGGAGGCACUAACCACAUUGUUUAUGUUGAUCGAGCAAUCAAUUACCAUAAUCUUUUAUCCAAAGUGUGCGGGAUUUGCAAGUUGACCGACAUUAGUAACAUCAAGUACAAAUAUCCCGGUCUAGAUUUGGAUUCACUUGUGUCAAUUGAGAAUGAUGACGACGUAACUAAUAUGAUGGAAGCAUUUCCUCAAAGCAGCAAGCCUAUUCAGCUCUUUCUCUCUGGUGAUCAAAACCUUUCAAUACCCAUUGCAGUUCCCAGUUUUCUGAUGCAGAAUGCCGAUAAUGGAAAUGAUCAAGCAUCUUUGCAGGAUUUACAUGAAAGUAAUGGAACGCUUGCACCUUCCUCACAUAAUACUAAUACCAGUGACAAUGAUGUUCGGAGUGCACCAAAUGACUCGUGUGAAAUGAAUCGUUUGUUGAUGGAUAAUCGAGAAUUACCUUGCGGAAUGGUUGCUACUUCUGUAAAUGAAAUGCCGAAAAUGAUUUCAGUUUUAAAAGAAGGCCAAGAAUAUGUAGAUGCAAAUGUUUUACAAGAAGGCCAAGAAUUUGUAGAUGCAAAUGCUUUCCACAAGUCUUUGAGGGAGUACGCCAUACGAUCACAUUUUGAAUACAGGCGAACCAGGUCAGGUGGUGGCCAUUAUCAGGCGAAAUGUAUUAAUGGCGAUUGCUCAUGGCGCAUACAUGUGUGUAAGCUUCCUGACAAUCAUACAUUCAAGAUAAAAUCCUUGAAGGGAAAUCAUACUUGUAAUGUUAUGAAUAAUUCAACAAUGUCAAACACAACAACGCAUCGACAAGCCAAUAGGAAAUGGAUUGCUGCUUUGGUCAAGGAUCGAUUUCAGAAUAAUUUGCGCUGUAAACCCAAAGAUAUUGUUGAUCAGAUAAGUCAAGAAUACAGGGUCAAAGUAAGUUAUGAUAAAGCUUGGAGGGGUAUAGAAUUGGCAUUAAAAGAGAGGCACUUAGAACAAUCCGUUUCAGCUCUUAGGACACUUUGUGAAGAAAUACAAACAACAAAUCCAGGAAGCACGGCAAAUCUUAGCAGGUCAUCAGACAACUCCUUGAGACUUUUUGUAGCUUAUGAGGCUGCCAUUCGUGGUUUCAAGCAAGCAUGCCGACCAGUUGUGAUGCUUGGUUUUAGGAAGAUGGAAGGAAAAUGCCGAGGUGUGUGGCUCUAUGCCAUGGCCAUUGAUGCAGAAGAGUAUUGGUUCCCAGUAUCAUGUGCAUUUGUUGAAUCAAAGAACGUAAGUAGUUGGAAAUGGUUCUGUGAUGAGUUGGCUCAAGUCCUGGGAUUCAUACCUAAAUUAACAUUUAUAUCAAAUAGACAGGAAGGGAUUCUUGAAGUGGUUAGUGGUAUCUUUCCACAUGCAUGUCAUCGAUACUAUCAGAAAGAGCUGGUUGAAGAAAUUCAGCAGAAGUUCAGACAUUGGGAUUUGGUUCGACUUUUUGAGAAUGCAGUUGACACAGGGGUUUGUUAUGAAUUUGACGCUUCCAUGCGUGAAAUUCAUGACAAAUAUAAAGAAGCAGGGAUUUUUGUAAAGGAUAUUAAUCCUAAGCACUGGGCCACUUCUCACUUUGAAGAGAAGCUUUAUGUUGCAGAGGAUGUUUAUUUAGAAUUCAUAGGUAAAUGGCGGGAUAAGUUAGAGGAAUGGAGAGACCUGCCUAUCACUUCAGUGUUGGAAAACUUGCAUCUAUAUAUGAUAGAGAUAUUUGAUGAAAGGUUUAAGAAAAGUUCAGAUUGGGAGACAAUAUUGGUUCCUAGAGUUGAAGCUCUUAUUUCAAUAUUAGAGAUGCCAAAAGGAAAUUAUUCUGUGUCGUAUGGUGCAGCAGAUUUUGAGGUUCUCGACAAAGAUGAUGCAGAUGCAAAUUCAUUGAAGGUGGAUCUUGAACGGCAAACAUGUUCAUGUCGUUUGUGGCAAAUGAAGGGGUACCCUUGCCCUCAUGCUAUCGCGGCUAUCCGAUACAACAGACGUAAUGUGUAUGACUACGUUGAUGUGCACUACACGGUUGCCAAAUACCGGCAUACAUAUUCAGAGCAUAUUGAUCCAUUGCAUUUGCCCAACACAAGCCUAAGCCUAUCGAAGAAGAGAAAACAGGUAGAGUUAAACGAGGUGUCUCUGACUGAUCAGUUACAAUGAGGAUAGUGAUGAUGAUGAUGGCGAUGAAAAUGUUGCUUUUGCACCUGAUGCAUGUAGGGGAUGUCAGGUAUUGCUGAUGAUUCUGGUCUCUUGAUGGAUAUACAGCUGUCUUAGGCUUCAUUUGGUGUGCAUCAUAGCAUUAUGCGGAGAGAGUAAUCUCAAUAUUGUUGUACUACGAUGAUCAUUACUAAUGCAUAUUUAGCAUUUGGCAGUGACAAUUAAUAUUGGUGUGGAGAUGCUUGCAUAGUGUUGUUAUUUCGUGUUUGGAUGACACAAAUUGCCAUGUCAUAAAUUAAUGAUGAUCUAUGUAAAUUAUUUUUU